CUAGGCUGGAAGGUUUUUUUUUUUCUUUCUUUCUUUCUUUCUUGCUUCCUUUCUUUUCUUUUUUUUUUUGACCUAGUCAGGGGGAGGAGAGCGAAAAUACUGAGAGACUGGGAGUAAGAAAAGAGAACAGCAAGCCGGUCUGCAGGAAUUCUGAGUUAGAGCAUACAGCUUUCCUGGUUCCUGUCACAGGACUUUAUCUUCAGCACCUUCUGGAUUUAUACUACAGAGGAGCUUCUUUUAGGAAUUGUUAACAGUGGGAUAUCAACAGGGGAGAGAAAGGACAAUCAGCGCCUUGUGUGAUUUGAUUAUUAUUUUUUUUUACAAAUCUAGAUGUUUCGAGCUUUGAUGUUUUCCUUAUCGUGGUGGAAUUAGGGAUUGGUAAAACAUAAAACAAAAACCCAUUAAGGCUGAGAACUCCUGAAACAACAUCCUCGCUGUCAGGAAUAGUGGUUUCUGAGAAGGAAGAAGGGCCUGGGUCAUUACUCCCUGUCAACGAGUUUUCUGCAUCAGAUAUAACGAUUCCAGCUACAUGGGCAAACGCUUGGAACAGCAACAAAUGUACCCUCAGUACACUUACUACUAUCCUCAUUAUCUCCAAACCAAGCAGUCCUAUGCACCAGCUCCCCAUCCCAUGGCUCCCCCCAGCCCAAGUACAAACAGUAGUAACAACAGCAGCAACAGCAAUGGAGAACAGCUGAGUAAAACAAACCUAUAUAUAAGAGGACUUCCACCUGGCACGACAGACCAAGACCUCAUUAAGCUAUGUCAACCGUAUGGGAAAAUCGUAUCAACCAAGGCAAUCUUGGACAAAAACACAAAUCAAUGCAAAGGUUAUGGAUUUGUAGAUUUCGACAGCCCUGCUGCAGCACAGAAAGCCGUUGCAUCACUAAAAGCUACUGGUGUGCAAGCCCAAAUGGCAAAGCAACAAGAGCAAGACCCAACCAAUUUGUACAUUUCAAACUUGCCUAUUUCGAUGGAUGAACAAGAAUUAGAAAACAUGCUUAAACCAUUUGGACAUGUCAUUUCUACAAGAAUAUUAAGAGAUGCAUGUGGAGUCAGUAGAGGAGUAGGAUUUGCACGAAUGGAAUCUACAGAAAAAUGUGAAGUGGUAAUUCAGCAUUUCAAUGGAAAAUAUUUGAAAACACCUCCAGGUGUACCAGCUCCACCAGAGCCUUUACUGUGUAAAUUCGCUGAUGGAGGACAAAAAAAGAGGCAAAAUCAGAGCAAAUAUACACAAAAUGGGAGGCCGUGGCAUAGAGAUGGCGAGACUGGAAUGGCAUUGACAUAUGACCCAACAGCAGCUAUGCAGAAUGGAUUUUAUUCUACUCCCUACAAUAUUGCAACGAACAGAAUGAUUCCACAAACAUCCAUCACACCUUUUAUUGCUGCUUCCCCUGUAUCUACUUAUCAGGUACAAAGUACAUCUUGGAUGCCUCACCCACCAUAUGUUAUGCAACCAACGGGUGCUGUUAUAACACCAACGAUGGACCAUACCAUGUCAAUGCAGCCGGCUAGUAUGAUGGGCCCUCUAACACAACAAAUGAAUCACCUUUCCUUGGGGACAACCGGAACAUAUAUGGCUGCUGCUGCACCUAUGCAAGGAACCUAUAUACCCCAGUAUAAUCCUGUGCCUCCAACAGCUGUUCAAGUUGAAGGUGUUGUUGCUGAUAACUCUCCUCAAACAGUACCAUCUUCAUCACAGGAAGCAAGUGGACAGCAGCAGCAAAUAUCCGUAGAGACGAGUAGUGAACAUGUUCCGGCAUACUCCUACCAACAAUCCAAGUAAACAAGUGAUAAUAAACAGGACUGAAGAAUGUUGGUCUGAAAACCUUGCCUUGAAUGGAGACACUUCAUUAAGAAGUUGACUUCCUCUUUGCACAGGCAUCAAACAGAAGCUUUUUUUUUCCUUUUUAUUUUUUUCUAACCAGCUCAACAGUGUUUUUUAUGUGCUGUGCAAAAACAAACAAAACAAAACAAUGGAAAAGAAAAAUGUUCAGUUAUGUAGUUUGACAAUUUUAUUUUUGCUACUCUUUCUUAAUGAAUACACACCAAGAGAAACACAAUGCUGGGUCAUCAUUUCAUCUGGAACUUGA